GACAAGCACUGGAGACUUAAAAAAAACAACAUAGGAGAAUUGUGUUUGGUCGUCCAAGAGGAUUACUUUGUGGUACCUUAACACUUUUCCACCCGUCUUUGGCACUUUUGCAAUUAUUCUUUUGGAGAUCCUGCUUCUGUAAUCUAUUUAGACUUGUUUCUCCCAAGGAAAGUUCUCUCCAUGAGAUUCCAGUCCUCCGCGCGCACUUGAUCUCGGCGGGAGGAAGCGGACGAAAGGAAGAUGGCCAUCCACGCCGAGGGUCUCGUGGCUAUCGUGAUCUUCUACCUCCUGAUUCUGGUUGUGGGGAUCUGGGCCGCGUGGAAGAACAAGAACUCCGGUGUAGGCGAGAGCGGAGACCGGAGCGAGAGCAUCAUGGUCGGUGGUAGGGACAUCGGAUUGUUCGUUGGCGGAUUCACAAUGACCGCCACUUGGGUGGGUGGGGGUUACAUCAACGGGACAGCAGAGUAUGUCUACCUGCCAGACUACGGCCUGGCUUGGGCACAAGCACCCUUUGGUUACGCUCUGAGCCUGGUAGUAGGUGGCCUUUUCUUUGCCAAGCCCAUGCGUUCACGUGGAUAUGUCACCAUGCUGGAUCCCUUCCAGCAGCUGUAUGGAAAAAGGAUGGGUGGCCUGCUCUUCAUCCCCGCACUAAUGGGAGAAAUCUUCUGGUCUGCAGCCAUUUUAUCUGCCCUGGGUGCCACUCUGAGUGUGAUCGUGGACAUAAACAUCAACAUGUCGGUGGUGAUCUCAGCCCUGAUAGCUAUCUUCUACACACUUGUUGGAGGACUCUACUCUGUUGCAUACACGGAUGUGGUCCAGCUCUUCUGUAUCUUUUUGGGCUUGUGGAUCAGUGUGCCUUUUGCCCUGUCCAAUCCUGCGGUGUCGGACAUCAGUGUUACAGCCAAGGAAGUAAUCUACCAGUCACCGUGGCUGGGGAAGAUUGAGCCUAAAGACAAAUGGCUCUGGGCGGACAACUUCUGUUUACUGAUGUUGGGGGGGAUUCCCUGGCAGGUCUAUUUUCAACGGGUUCUUUCUGCCUCUUCAGCUACCUACGCCCAGGUCCUUUCCUUCCUUGCGGCCUUUGGUUGCCUGGUCAUGGCCGUACCCUCUGUCCUAAUAGGAGCUAUAGGGGCCUCCACUGACUGGAACCAGACUACUUAUGGGUCCAUCCCCCCAAAGGACAAGGAUCAAUCAGACAUGAUCCUUCCUAUAGUGCUUCAGCACCUCUGCCCGCCCUACGUCUCCUUCUUUGGUCUGGGGGCGGUGUCAGCUGCGGUCAUGUCAUCAGCAGACUCAUCCAUUCUCUCAGCCAGCUCCAUGUUUGCCAGGAACAUCUAUCAGCUCGCCUUUCGGCAGUCGGCCUCAGAUACGGAGAUUGUUUGGGUGAUGCGCUUCACCAUCUUUGUAUUCGGAGCUCUUGCCACUGCUAUGGCUUUGUUAACAGGAUCCGUGUAUGGCCUGUGGUACCUGAGCUCCGACUUGGUCUAUGUCAUCAUCUUUCCCCAACUCAUCAGUGUGUUAUUCGUCAAGGGCACCAACACGUAUGGCUCCGUGGCUGGCUAUAUAUUUGGUCUCUUGCUGCGCAUUGGUGGAGGGGAGCCCUACCUCAAACUCCCUCCUUUCAUCUACUACCCGGGUUGGGUGAGCCAGGAGAGGAUCCACCACGUCACAGGGGAAGUAGAGCACUUUAUCCAGCAAAGGUUCCCAUUCAAGACUAUGUCCAUGCUGGCAUCCUUCUUGGCAAAUGUGUUCUUUUCUUACCUGACAAAGUACCUAUUUGAAAGCGGUUUGUGGUCACACAAGUACGACUUCCUGGACGCCGUGGUGUCCAAGCACAGCAAGGAGAUCAUGGACAAAGCCACACUGGUGAGCAACCAAGAAACCAUCAUUCUUUCCGAGAUGGCGCCGGUCAAGCAGGGCCUUGGCGCGUCACUCGCUGGGACAUUCAUCAACACUGAGGUCCUCAGUGAUGAUGGGCCGUCCAGUCCAGAGGCGUUACUCAAUGAAAACUAGGCAACAAAGGCACAAAGAAAACUAAACCAAGGAAUUUGAAGACGAAGGAAUAAUCCAAGAGGCAUCGACAUUCUUCAGGAAACUUGCUACUGCCGCACUGGAAGCCAAAUCAACAGAAAUCUGCUGUGGCUUCCGAGUGACUCCACAAGUUUGUUUUAUGAUGAUUACAUGGUGCCUCCUUCUUUUUUAAGAUCCCAGGACGUUGUCUGUCAGUCAGCUGUGUCAAGCAUACCAUACUCAUGUUUUUUUUUUUAAAUCAUGAUUCUGUGAAUCUAUUUAAAUUUAAGUGCUGCAACAGUGAUCAGAAGGACUUUCAGAGGAAAACAAGGAAUGAGUGCUGUGGACAUUGAUGUCUACAAGGGUUUGCUGUGAGUAAUGAAAAUAGUGCAAUAUCUAACCAAGGAGUUGUGUACAUGUCAUGCGUAUCCACCUAAUAGCAGUGUGUGUGUGUGUGUGUGUGUGUGUGUGUGUGUGUGUGUGUGUGUGUGUGUGUUGAUGAACAUGCACAUGUGUACACAUGCAACAAAGCAGUGAGUGCUCCAGAACCUUUUCACGUUUUGAGUUGUAAGUUUGCAUAGAGUAAAUGUAUUAAUAGAGCAAUAAUAUUUGUAGGAUCUACGUUGUAUAGAUACACGGAUACAUUGAACUGACUUUGCAAGUUACUGUCAUUGAGAUUUUAGUUUUAUUUUUUGCUUAUUUUGUUUCAUGUUCACCUUGCUCUUAAAUUUCCUCACAUAAUCGCUAAUCUCACACACAGUACAUGUCGUAUUAAGAACCACAUGCCGUCAUAUUAAUAUUUAAUUAUGUCAUUUGAUAACCAUUAGUCAUUUAAUCAAUCUGUGAUCUAUUUUAUUUAAUAGAAAAUAUUGAUUAAAUCAGCUUUAAAAAAAGAUAAUGGUCAUUUUUAAACAUAAAAAUGAGACACAAACAUGAUUAUUUGUUGUCAAAUCAAACAUCCUCCACUAUCUUGAACUCCAUACUUUUUGCACUGGACGUAACACGUGUACUGCAGAAUCCUCAUGUAUGAAUGUAAUUCCUUAAAAGCCUCAGCUUUCAUUACAUACCACCCUGACAAAUAUCCAAUAGAAAGCUGUUUUUUACUGUGUACCUUCUAAGCAGCCAUUGGCUUUCAUUCAUUUCCAUACGUUGUGAAAAUCAAUUUGCAAUCUUAUUUUUUGGCAAACUUAUGAUUGUGUCGUACAUCUUCUUCAUACAUCUUUGAAUUAAUAUGCAUUUACAACUACAUCACCACAUUAUACUAACAUUGCCAAAUUAAAGCACAUUUGAUCAUUUUCAUAAAUAAAUGAUUGGAACCCAAUGGCAGCAUGGAAAGUAUGACAAUUCAGACAUUCAAAACACUACAGUAACUCUUAAAAAAUAUUGCAAUUAAUAAACAGUAUACUAGGGCUGCUCAAUCAUAGAAAAAAAUGUAAUCACAAUUAUUUCAGUCAAUAUUGAAAUCACAAGAAUUUAACACGAUUACUCGUAAACUUCUGGAAAGAUGUUGCCAUUAUCAAACUUAAACAGUGGGAAAAGUUAAAUAAAUCAAUAGUAAAAA